CUCGUGGCAUACGCCCUUUUGCAGUAGGUUUUUAUCAGUCAGUGAAAUCUUGAAGCUUAACAGGGGAAUAUGAAGCUCUUCUGCGCUGCAAUUAGCUUGCUCGUGAUUGAGUCCGCUUUCGGCUUUACAUCGCUAGCCCCGGGAAGUAGGCCAGCAUUUUCCCUUACACAGUGUUCCGCCACAACCUUGGACGGCCGAAAGAUCACCGGAGAUGUGAAACCACUGAACAACUUUGUUUUAGUCAAGAUAGGUGAAGCUAGGGAGCAGACGGAGGGAGGAAUUCUGCUCACAGGAAAAGCCAAAAUUAAAAAGACGGAAGGAACGGUAGUAGCGAUAGGCCCUGGCCGCACUCACCAGGACUCAGGCAUUGUCUUUGAUAUGCCAGUGAGUGAGGGACAAGGUGUUGUUUACGGAAAAUUCGAUGGAACAGAGAUUAAUAUUGGUGGUGCUAAGCAUGUUCUAAUUCGGGAUGAUGACAUUCUUGUCAAAUUUACCGGUGAUUUGAGUCUCGAUUCGGUUGACAUGGUUAGGGACAAUGUGCUGGUAUACGUAGAAAAUGAUGAAUCCGAGACUGACGGAGGUAUUCUAAUUGCCAAAAGCUCCUCUGCUGACAAGAAGCCAUCAACAGGAAUUGUCGUUAAAGUCGGACCCGGAAAGAUGGCGAGUGAUGGAUCUCUCAUGUCAAUGGAUGUGGCUGUCGAUGACAUGGUAAAAUUCCGAGACUUUGCUGGUAUGGAUGUUGAGAUCGAUGGAAAGGAAUACAGCGUUGUCAAGAUGGCAGACAUACUUGCACAAUUCUAGAACAGGCUGACAACGAAGAUUACACCGUGUUUACAGUUAGCACCUUCAAAAAAUACAUCGUGAUAUAACUCAUGGUUUUGGGUUGACUUUGAAGGACUGUCGCAAACUUCAGGUCGCAAUCUAAAACAGGGCCUUUGCUGUGUGUUUGUGAUGACCAACUCGGCCAUGUAUAGAUUCUAAUCAUUUCUAAACUUUGGCUAUUGUGGGUUGUC